AUUUCUCUGUUAAAAGUGUUAUUGUAAAGUUGUCAAUUAUCAUUUUGCUUCAACCUCGAGUACUCAAACUGUAAAUAACGUUUAUUUUGUGUUAUUUUGAGGGCCAUUUUGUGAAUAAUAAGUCUACUUUCAUUUUAUGUAAAGGAUCACAUUCACAUUUGGAUUUGAUGCGAGUAUGUACACUAACUAUUCAGAGUCACAUGCAUGCACGUAAUCAACCCAAGCAUGCCAAGGCUGCAUAGGAAAGACAUUGUUACUUCGGCACUGGACAGUUUCUUGACUAUGCAUCUACCACAGUCAUCCAUUGGUGCCAUUGAUGACAUUGUCCUCAAUUAUGUGGUGGGUGUUCUUGAAGAUGUCGGGAAUGACGAUGAGUUUGAUGUUGGAGAUUUCGUGGAGAUGAUGGAGGCCUACAUACCUGGCUUCAAAGACAUCACCAGUGCCACAGUCUGCGAGUGGAUAUUUCAACUGUCGGAAGAGGUCUUGUCAGCAACGUAUUCAUUAGGAACUCCACCAUCAUCCCCACCAUCAGUUAAAGAGAAUACGACAACGAAAGAAUCAGUCGCUCUUCCAGCAUGUCCAGAGGAUAUUGAGCUUCCUUACAGUCCGUCGGAAAGCGUCAACAGACGACAGGAGAACAUCAGCAGCUGCAGCAGUGUUAAGAAGGGGAAGAAGACCGAGUUUCGGUUUCAGAAAACAGUGAGCAAUGGGCCAUCAUCAAGAAAUAUGGACGACAAAAUCAAGCUCCUGGCCGAGAUGUUCCCAGACUCUUGCAAGGUGGAUGUGAAGCGAUGUCUGUCGGACUCCAACGGCGACGUGGAGCAAGCCGUACAGGCUAUGCUUCAGGGUGACGGUUACAGCCAGACAUGCGGUGGAUCCUUAAAGGCCACUGACAAAAUUGCACAGGGUGUUCCGGAAGCAUCAUCAUCAUCAUUAUCUGUCACCGAUGACAACAUCCAGCUUCUUCUUGAGAUGUUUCCUGGUUCCAGCGAGCUGCAAGCGAGGCAGUGUCUGUCCAUCGCUAGGGGGGAUCUGGAGCAAGCCUCACAGGUCUUACUGAACCUACAGGAGUCUGGCAAGCUAGAAGACCAGAGCAGCAGCAUCUCGUUACGGAUCGAGAAGUCGUCUGUGAGAAAUGAGACGCAUGUAAAGGAGUCCCUGUUGGAGAAAUACGGGUAUAUUGACACUGAUGAAGAUAGGAAGAAUCAUAGACCUAUGGAACCCAAGAAGGAGAAGAAGAAGAUGGUGCGCUACAUCAACAGCCAAAAAGUGACGACAAAAGGGAGAGGUUCAUCGAGACCAAGAAACCAGAAUCAGAAGAGAUGAAGAAGACUUACUGUAACUUAAAGCCGGCAAGAAAAUAUCACUUCCACUGAAAUUUAAACAAAAUGUUCCUAUAUCAUGUUGUCUUGUGCAAAAACAACGAAAUCCGUGGCCAAUUCGAUUUGUUGUUACAUCUUGACCAAGGCUAAGUUCUUGUGUGCUUCAUUUCAUUGGGGCACAGAUGCAGAGACAUUAUUUUGAUCUGGUAGGCUGAAGUUUACUCAAACGGGCAUAUAUUUUUAUAUUCUAAUCUUGGGCAAAUUAUAAUGGGAGAAAUCAGAGAUUUUCAUAUCCAGUUAUCCAAUUGUUUUUUUUUUUUUUAAAC